UUAAUGGCGGCCCCCACUAAAAAAAACAAUUUUUUAAUCCGUAAUCGAGUUAAUAGAGUCCUGAUGUUUUUAGAUCUAGAUCUCUAUAUAGAUCUAGAUUUAAUCUACAUCGAACAAUAAUUACAAAUUUAAAUCUAUAGUCUAUCUAGAUUUAUUUAAUUAUAGCAAAAUGGGCGUUUCAUGCGUCUACAUGUAUCCUGUGCCCGAGGGUCGCAGUGGUGCCCAUGUGGUUGAAGUCUUACAAAAGCAAGUGGAGACAAUUGGUGGAGUGAAGAUGGGAAGUUUUGUUGUAGAUUGUGAGUCCUAUCUCUCCAUUAUGUUAUCAGUUUCUAAAACAUUGCAAAUUUUACACAAUACUGAGUAUCCAGCUUCUUGUUUUGCCGUGUUAGACUCUGGAGCCACACUUGUAGCAGACACCCUUUUUAAUGGACUCCUGUCUCAUCUCAAAGCUUAUUAUCAAGCUCGAAAGGGUUCUAAAAUUGAGUCUAAAGGCAACAGGUACCAGCUGGCUGACUUUGUAAUCAAGAUUGGAUCUGUCACUUUAUCUGGAAGUUUUAAAGGCAUUCUUGUGGAGGUUGAGUACUGCCCAUCAGUAAUAGCUUCAGAAUGUUGGAACUUGAUGAAAGAAUUGCUACAGAGUCUCAUUGGAAACAUUGCUGAGUCACCUCCGCCCAGCCUUAAAAUGAAAAUGGAUGAAAUCUACACCCCAGCCAUGACGAUGUUACAAUACUUGGAGCAUUUCAACAAUUUCCGUAAAGCAGCCGCAGUCAGUCAGCCACCUAGGUGACAUGAGGAGUCCUCCAGUGAUUUCAUUCUCUAGUCUCCCAAUAAUUGAAGAGGUUUGAGACUUACAAUAGUAUCACUGUCAAUUGCUGGAGAUUUUAAUUGGUACAACGUAAUAUUACAAUAAUUACUCACUUUUAUUAAGUGUUCAAUUGUUCCAAAAUGUUGUUUGUUUGUUUUUUUUGGGGGGGGGGGGUAAUUUUCAGUUAUUUCUAAAAGUUACUACUUACUUUUAGUCACUUAAUAAAUUAUUAUUUACUUUAAGAAUAAAAGUAAAAAAAAUUUUUGUCAUCACUGACAGAAAUUAAUCUAGUUUUGUAUUGUAGAAAUCAUUGUGUAAGCAAUCAAUAAACUUAAAAGGUGAUGGCAUUGAAAUUUUGUAAUAGCUUUGACACAUCUUAUUGAUGUAAACAGAACAAAUGAUUGGAUAGGCAGUCAUAGCAAAAUAACAUUGAACUCAACAAGAUCAUUGUCCUUAUUAGAAGCAAGGGUUUAGAGCACGCUCUAACAGACUGUCAUCCUCUAUGCCAUGAGGAAGAGUGACUCUGAGUCUAGGCUCUGUCAUCAUAGUGCGCUGAAUUGUCUCUUUGGCAUUUUGGUUUCCUGCCCAGCAGCGUCUUGAAACCUGUACAUAUGUAGAUAAAAAGGUAUACAUUUAAACUCUACUGCAUGUAAUAGUCUUAUUUGUUUCUAUGUCUGGUAAAACUUUGUGUGAAGAAGGUUAAACUUAGACUUUGUUUUUUUAUGCAAGCUUUUAUAGAGGUCUUUGCUGUGAGUCAUUUUACUUUACUCAAUCCAAUAAUUUUUGGAGAAGUGAUGAUUUGUUGUAAGGCUCUAGAAUAUUAAUAUUUUCAUUCAGGCUUUGUCUAUUAUCCAUGUAUAUAAUGUGAAUCAUUAAGUUGUUUGUAAAGUACCAUAGUAAUGACAAAUCAUUAAAUAUUACCCCAUUGCUGACAUCCCAUGCUAGCAUAUUUUCUGCUCUAGUUUUGGCUUCCUGGUUGGAAUAAAAAAAAAUGUUUGAUAUAGAUUAGUUGCACAAUUUUACUUUUCUUCUAAAUAGGCCUUCUUUGUCAUAGUCUUUCUUUUUAAUGCAUCCUAUUCUAAGAUACCAUUGUUUAAUUAACAUUGUAAACAUUAUAGAAGUGAAUUGAUGCAUUAGGUGCUUAAUUAUAUAUUGACUUUUGUUGAAUUUAUAAUACAUAAAUAUUCAUGUCUUGUCUUCAUAAUGGAAUUUAUGUAAAGUGUAAGCUGAGUUGUUUUUUUAAUGUAAAAAAUUCCUUUGAUUAUGAAACAAAAAAACUUAAACAUAUUUUAUAUUAGUUCUUGAUAGUUCAAUGUUAUUAAGGCCUGACUAGUUCAGGUUCUUAAUUUAAGUAAUAAUUUGGUGAAACGUUAAAGCUACCCAAGAUCUCAUUAAGUACAUAGAAAAGCUUAAUAUAUUGUAUUAAUUUAGCUCAUCAUACUAAUUAUGGGAAGUCUAAAAGAAUGUUACUAAACUAGUCUAAAUCUAAACUUACCUCUGAGCCAUCUAACACUAGACCAAAUCCUCCAUUCAUGACUUCACCCCUGGUUUUGGGAAAACAUAGAAAACAUGAGUUGGUUAAAUCAAACUUGUCUGAACUGUGGGGGCAGUAAAUAACUACCUGGACUAUCUAUGCUUUGCUUACCAUCCAACACCACCACCAUUAUGGAGAGCAACCCAUGUGGCACCUCUGAAGCUAUCUCCUAGCACAUUCUGCACUGACAUAUCUAUCAAGAAAAAAAAAUUAUUUUAUAUUCUUUAUGAUUGUAAAGAUUAAUUGUUUUUAGAAUAAGAAAACUUUUGAUUUUUACAUGGAUCAAUUUGUAUCUUAUGCUUAAACCACAUAAAUGUUAUCUAGUGAUAUAUCUAAAGUAAUGACAUUCCAAAUCUUAUAUCACAUUUUCACAUUAUUUUCACAAAACAGACAUUGGACUCUUGUUAAAUGUUGUAAAAGGGGAAAAAAAAUUAAGUUUGGUGUGCACAGGCACAAUUCACAUCACAAAAACAAACAGACACAAGAACUCUUUUGUUCCCUUAACAAUUAAAUCAUAGAAGAAAAUCUUUCUCUUAUUAAACUUCACCAUUAAUAGUUAAUGAAACUGUGGUAUGAAUGUAUAUCAUAUAAUUGGUUUGUUAUCUUAUAAUUUUUAAAUGUGAAAUACAUGAUUGACAAAUUUCCUUAACGAUAAUAAAGAUUAUUAUUUUUCAGACCAUGUCAUGUUAAGUUGCUUUGAACCUAUUGAUUUCAAGAACCUAAUUUAACAUUGAACACUAAAUUUGAUCUAUAAAGGGUAUCAUUCAUGUCACAGUACCAGCACAAAAUGCAGAGCCAUCAUAAAUAUUUGAUGUUUCUCUGUACAGACUAUCUGUGCCACUAACAUCAUGGUGAUCUCUGCUUAUCACAACAGGACCCUGGAAACACAAGGAGAAUGUUCAUUUUAUAAACACAGACAUAUAAUGUUCUGGUUAUAUUUAUGAAUGGGAAGUUUCUUUGUUGCUUAUUAAUUUGCAUGUCCCAAAAUUUUUACAUUCUUCCAUGUAAAAGAGCUAAAAUUUGAGAUUCAAUUUGCUUUGAAAUCUUGUAUGGCAGUGUUUUCUAAACUGUGUUGUGUGUCACGAACUACUGAAAUAAUAAACUAGUAGGCCUCCACAUGAAUUAAAACUAAAAAUAAACAAAUUGUACCAUUAAAUACUCAGAAUGUGCGAAGUGUUCUGUUUAGGAACAAAGUUUAAGAAACACUGUUAUAUGGUAAUCCUAGAUAUGUUGGGUAUCUUAGUUGAUGCAAGAAACAAAGAGUGACAAUAAUUUAUUUAAGAGGCUUAAGAGAUGUGUGGUAGGCCCAAGAACCAGCAGUUACUUUCUAAUCCAGUGUUUCCCAAACUGUUUCUUUAAUGAAACAUCUCACAUAUUCAGAGAAUUUUGCGGAACACUUUUUUUUUUUUUGGUUGGAUUAUUUCCUAUUUGUUUAAAUAAAAAUAUAAUAACAAUGGAGCCAUAUUCUAAAUUUAGUAUUGUUAAUUAAUUUCAAGUAAACAAGUAAAAUAAAAUACAGGCAUAAACAAAUGAAGAAAAAAAAAAAAAAAAAAACCUUUGUAGACUUUAAUGGUGCUGUUUUCUUGAAGAAUGUAACUUCUUGAUUAUCAGACAUGAUAUUGGUAAGCUGAAUUUUAAUCUGGUGUGUCAGUAUUUUUAUUCUUAUUUUAUUUUGCUAAUUUUAACUAAUGAUUGGGAACAAUAUAUAUUUUUGCUUAUUAACAUUAUGCCGAAUGAAGAAAUAUUAACUUUGCAUGAAAAUGCAUCAAAUAUUAGAAAAAAAAGUGUAGUGGCUCAUUCUUUGAUAAGAGCAAUGAAAUGGUGUAUGUGUUUUACCAAUGCUUUAGUUUCACUAAAUCCUGGAGUUUGCUUUUUUCUUGUUAUUUUUCAAUAUGCAUGAAGAAUACUUUUUUUUUUUUUUUGGUUAAUUAUCUAUUUCUCUUUUUUAGUUUACUAUCCAGCAUUUAUUUAUGGAGUGUUUUAUGUUUUUCAAAUAUUAUUAAUUAUUUUAACAACUUAAUUGAAAUGCUUAAUUCUAUGCUUGUUUGUUUGUUUAUGUUUGUUUUACAUGUUUCGAAUAUUCCUUUAGAGUUGACAGUCCAGUGCGCAUACCCCACAAUCAGGCAGCCAUGCUAUACUCUUACACUUAUCUUUUUUUUUUGACAGUUAUUUCCCUUUCAUCUAAAUAAUAAUAAUAAGACUUGUCUCGAGUCCGAAGAUUAGUGAGGAAUGCAGUAUUUCCCGUGGCUGCGCAGCCCCAGCUGUGAGCUACAUAUUUUGCCACAUCCAGGGCAAGCAUAACCAUUGUCUACAGGUGGUUGAUUUAGAUUUUCUUUUCACUGUCUGCAUUUUUCCUCGGCAUUGUAUUUUCUUUUGGUCUCUAAUGUGUAUCGCUUAAGCUGGUCAUUGAAGCAUUUCCGUGGGGCACCUCUGUUACACUGACGACCUUUUAGCUCACCAAAAAAGACUUUCUUUGGCAUAUGUUCGUCUCCCAUACGGGAAACGUGCCCUGCCCAUCUAAAUGUCAACACACAAAUUACAUUAUUAAUUAAAACUCACAUUACUCAGAUUAUUGAACUUAAUAGACACAGUAGUGGUGUGUUUUAAUAUGGUGGUUAUAAAAAUCAAUCAAUCGAAAGAUACAAACUUUUAACAAUAGUUGCUACUUAACUUCAGAUAUCCUUCUGAAACUGCUUUAUUGAAA